CUCCAAAAAGUCCAAGGGAGCAAGCUUGGAGGAAAUGCUGGGUUCAACUUGAAGCCCUUCCACAGACAUUAAGUCGGUGAAAACCAUUCACCUGGAGAGGAGAAACACAAUGACCACCAAGACAGAGUUGAGUCCCACAGCAAGGGAGAGUAAGAACGCACAAGAUAUGCAAGUGGAUGAGGUACUGAUCCCCAGGAAAGUUCCAAGUUUAUGUUCUGCUCGUUAUGGAAUAGCCCUUGUCUUACAUUUAUGCAACUUCACAACGAUAGCACAAAAUGUCAUCAUGAACAUCACCAUGGUAGCCAUGGUCAACAGCACAAGCCCUCAAUCCCAGUUCAAUGGCUCCUCUGAGGGACUGCCUGUUGACUCAUUUGGUGACCUAAGUAAAGCCCCAAAGAGUCUUUCUGCAAAGGCUCCUGUGUAUGACUGGUCUCCUCAAAUCCAAGGCAUCAUCUUUGGUGCUGUUGGUUACGGUGGCAUACUGACAAUGGCUCCCAGUGGAUACCUGGCUGGAAGAGUAGGAACAAAGCGAGUGGUUGGCAUUUCUUUGUUUGCAACUUCAUUUCUCACUCUAUGCAUCCCUCUGGCUGCUGACUUUGGAAUAGUCUUCCUCAUUAUAACUCGAAUAGUCCAGGGCCUAAGCCAGUGCUCAGUAAUUGGGGGUCAGUUUGCAAUUUGGGAAAAGUGGGGCCCUCCACAUGAACGAAGCAGACUCUGCAGCAUUGCUUUGUCAGGAAUGUUACUGGGAUGCUUUUCUGCCAUCCUCAUAGGUGGCUUCAUUAGUGAAACCCUUGGGUGGCCUUUUGUCUUCUAUAUCUUUGGAGGUGUUGGCUGUGUCUGCUGCCUUCUCUGGUUUAUUGUGAUUUAUGAUGACCCCAUUUCCUAUCCAUGGAUAAGCACCUCAGAAAAAGAAUACAUCAUAUCCUCCUUGAAACAACAGGUCAGGUCUUCUCAGCAGCCUCUUCCCAUCAAAGCUGUGCUCAGAUCUCUACCCAUUUGGUCCAUAUGUUUAGGCUGUUUCAGCCAUCAAUGGUUAGUUAGCACAAUGAUUGUAUACAUACCAACUUACAUCAGCUCUGUGUACCAUGUUAACAUCAGAGACAAUGGACUUCUAUCUGCCCUUCCUUUUAUUGUUGCCUGGGUCAUAGGCAUAGUGGGAGGCUAUCUAGCAGAUUUCCUUCUAACCAAAAAUUUUAGACUCAUCACUGUGAGGAAAAUUGCCACAAUUUUAGGAAAUCUUCCCGCUUCAGCACUCAUUGUGUCUCUGCCCUACCUCAGUUCCAGCUAUAUCACAGCAACUGCCUUGCUGACGCUCUCAUGUGCAUUAAGCACAUUGUGUCAGUCAGGGAUUUAUAUCAAUGUCUUAGAUAUUGCUCCAAGGCAUUCCAGUUUUCUCAUGGGAGCAUCAAGGGGAUUUUCGAGCAUGGCACCUGUCAUUGUACCCACUGUCAGUGGAUUUCUUCUUAGUCAGGACCCUGAGUUUGGGUGGAGGAAUGUCUUCUUCUUGCUGUUUGCCAUUAACCUGUCAGGACUAAUCUUCUACCUCAUAUUUGGAGAAGCAGAUGUCCAAGACUGGGCUAAAGAGAGAAAACUCACUCAUUUGUGAAGGCAACACCAACCUCGGACAGGGAUGAGGUAAUGAUUCACAUUUAUAGAGGGAAGAAUUGUCUUUGUGUGACUUCAGUCACAGUUUGCUUCUAUCAAAUCUUCAGUCUCCAAUGAAGCUCAAAUAUUUCUGGGAAUCCUAACGAAGGACUUGUUUUUACGAGUUUUGUGUUAUCGUUGCAAUGUCAAGAUUGUGUGUCAAGUCAAUACGAAGUUUAAAACCAUUACCAAUAUGUUCAUGUGAUUUACUCUUUUCCAUUAUUUGGAUAUCCCAUUACACAGGCACAGUGGAUGAUUUAGGUAUUCCAGGAAGCUGUUUCUAUACCAAGGUAGCUAGCAAUAAUGUGACUAUGCCCAUUAUCAACCCAAGCCACAUAAAUGUAUCCCAAAUUUUAGUCCAGCAAAAUACAUUCCCACUGCAGCCUUCCUUUCACCAUAUCAAAAAAUGCCAAGAGCAAUUUCAUUAACAUAGUAACAAUAGGAUGGAGAUAGUAAUUUUAAACAAUUGUGGUUAAAAUAGCUUAUUUCUAGAAAUUUUCAAAAAUAUGAGACUAUAUGAACAUGUUACUAGUGCCCUCUUCCCCGCCAGUACUUUAGAAAUGGUCCAUGCAAAUGAAAGAUCUUUAAUCUUGUCAAUGAGCUGAAACUCGUGAUGUUUCAAGGCUGAGCCAUGCUUUUUUGAGCCCUCAGUGUCAGUACUUAAUAAAUAUCUGAUGAACUAAAUUGAA